CACGUGGGGCACAGGGCACCCGCGGGGCCACCGGAGCCACCGCGGCGAGCCCGGAGCAGCCGCGGCGCCGGCCGGAGCCAUGGACGGAGCCACGGACGGACGCACGGACAGCUCGUGGCUGGGAGCCCCCCUGGAGCAGUUGCCCACCCCGGCGCUGACCCUGGACCAGGCCACGCUGCGCGGGAACGCGGAGCGGAUGCGGGAACGCUGCCGGGCCCUGGGGCUGCGCCUGCGCCCCCACGUCAAAACACACAAAACCCUGGAAGGGGCGGAGCUGGCCACGGGCGGGACCCGCCGGGGCAUCGUGGUGUCCACGCUGGCCGAGGCGCGGUUCUUCGCGGCCGGGGGCUUCGAUGACAUCCUGUACGCGUUCCCGGUGCCCGCCUGGCGCCUGGCCGAGUGCUCGGCGCUGGCCCAGCGCCUCCAGGCAUUCCAGCUGCUCCUGGACAGCCCCCAGGGGCUGGAAAUGCUGCUCCAGAACCCCCUUCCCGGCGGGAAGCGCUGGCUCGUCUGGCUCAAGCUGGACUGCGGGAAUGGCCGGGCCGGGAUUCGUCCCACGGAUCCCGAGGCCCUGGCCCUGGCGCGGGCCAUCGCCGAGGGGUCCCCGGAGCUGGUGACACUGGUGGGGGUCUACGCCCACUGCGGGAACACCUACGGCUGUCGCGACAUCGCGGCCAUCCAGGCCAUCGCCAGGGCCACCACCGCCGCCGUGCUGGAAUUCGUCACCGCGCUGCGGCAGGCGGGCAUCCCGUGUCCCCAGGCCACCAUCGGCUCCACCCCGUCCUGCAGCCACCCGGUGCCGGAGAUGUCGCAGCUCACCGAGGUGCACCCGGGCAAUUACCUCUUCUACGACCUGCAGCAGACCCAGCUGGGCUCGUGCCGGCCGGAGGAGGUGGCCAUCCGUGUCCUCACCAGGGUCAUCGGCCACUACCCCCACCGCGGGCAGCUGCUCGUGGACUGCGGCUGGGCCGCCCUGAGCCUGCACGGCCGCGACCAGGGACCCCCGGGCUGUGCGGCCAUCGAGGGCCACCCCCGGCUCAGGCUGGUGGGGCUCACCCAGGAGCACGGGCAGGUGGAGGCUGUGGAUGGCGAGCUGGAUUUCGAGCAGUUCCCGGUGGGCAGCACCUUGGCGCUCAUCCCGUACCAUGCCUGUGCCACGGCUGCCAUGCACCCCGUGUACUUCGUGCACGCUGCCGGGAAGGUGGUGGAGCUCUGGCGCCCCGUGCGCGGCUGGUAGAGGGGAGAGAGAGGAGAUUCGGGGGGAUGCACCCGCACCCAGACCCUGCACCGAGACCCCGCACCCACAGCGAGAUCUUGCACCCAGGAGACCCCGCACCCUCGCCCCUCCAAGCCCACUCCGAGCCUGUGCACCCCCGCUGGGGUCCCGUGGCCCUGUCCGGGUCCCGCGCCCACUCCAAGACCCCGCACUCGCUCCCACGCCCUGCGCCCACCCCAGGUGCUGCACCCACACCGGGGCUCAAUAAAGCUGUUUCUCCUGCU